AUGGGUACCCAAGCCAGCUCCCAAGCCAGCACACCUCCCGCAGACCACCCGAGCGGAAGUGGCGGCGAGUCCGUCGGUCCGUCCUUCCGGCCUGCUGUCCGCCCACUUCCGGCGGCGGGUGGGCGCGUGUCAGGUAACGACCUUCUGCGCCGAGGCUCGGCCGGCGGCGGCGUGUGGAUGAAGGCCUUGGCCCCGGGCCGGGCUCCGCGGGGACGGCGGCGGGCCGGGGCCGCGGGCUCCGCGCUCUCGGCGCUGUCGGUGGCCGCCGUCCUGCUCUCCGCCUUGCUGCGGGCGCCCCCUGCAGUUGGAGAUUUGGCUCGAUUGCCAAGAGGCUUUCGCUUGUCUCAAGAUGCACUGAAAAUAGUGGGAUCAUCACAUUUUCCUGUGAGCGUAUAUGUCAUGCUCCAUCAAAAGAGUCCACACAUACUCUGUGCAACCGAAGAACUGAGAAACACUGAGCUGGUAGACCCAUCAUUCCAAUGGCAUGGGCCAAAAGGAAAAAUUGUUUCAGAAAACACCACUGCACAAGUGACAUCCACAGGAAGCCUCAUAUUUCAGAACUUUGAAGAGGCCAUGAGUGGGGUUUAUACGUGUUUCCUGGAAUAUAAGCCAACUGUGGAAGAAGUUGUUAAAAAUCUCCAACUGAAAUAUGUUAUUUAUGCUUAUCGUGAACCUCAUUUUUAUUACCAGUUCACAGCACGAUACCAUGCAGCUCCCUGCAAUAGUAUCUAUAACAUUUCUUUUGAGAAGAAACUUCUUCAGAUUUUAAGUAAACUGGUUCUUGACCUUUCCUGUGAAAUUUCCUUGGUUAAGUCUGAAUGCCAUCGUAUUAAAAUGCAAAGAGCUGGUUUGCAAAAUGAAUUAUUCUUCACAUUUUCAGUUUCAUCUAUAGACACUGAAAAAGGACCCAAGCCAUGUACAGACCAUAAUUGUGAAUCUUCCAAAAGAUUAUCAAAGGCUAAAAAUCUCAUAGAGAGAUUUUUCAAUCAGCAAGUAGAAGUUCUGGGCAAACGUGUGGAGCCGCUGCCUGAAAUAUAUUACAUUGAAGGAACUCUUCAAAUGGUGUGGGUUAACCGCUGCUAUCCUGGAUACGGAAUCAGUGACCUGAAACAUCCAAAGUGCCCUGAGUGCUGUGUGAUCUGCAGCCCUGGAUCCUACAAUCCCCGAGAUGGAAUUCAUUGCCAGCAGUGCAACAGCAGCCUGGUGUAUGGAGCGAAGGCAUGCUCAUAGACAGUGCCUUGUGUGGCCCAGUGGUUUAUUAAACAGAAAAGUAUAUUUUUUGAAGUGCUAAAGUAUAAUAACUCACUAUUAUGCCAAAAUUAAAUAAUCAGAAUUUACAAAGAUAUGGUGUCCUCAUUCAAUCCAGUUCUAUAUGUAUCAUCUUUCUUGGUUAAUGCUAGAGCUGCAUUUGAUACCAGAUGACUCCUGUAUCACUGAAUUUUAAAAUUGUUUCAAAUGUUGUGUAUUGUGUGAUGGUAAAAGAUUUUUUUUUAGGGAUUUAAAAUAUACCUAUUUUAUCUUUACUACAUAUCACCUAGAUUCAGGCCAUUAUAUUCUUUUAUAAUAGCUUUAUUUUAAACUUAUAGAAUUUUAGCUAUUUGAGCUUGGCCUUUUACAGCUCAAAGCCAGUUUCAAAAAUAUGUCCUGAGUCUCUUUAUUGCACUUGUUCAUAUAAUACCUAGUCCUAGAAAAAAAAAAAAAACUGUGGGUUUUUAAUAUAGUAAGUGUGUUUGUCUUAAAUGACCAGUUUACAGACUCUUAAGCCAGACAUGGUAGCAUAGGCCUGUAAUCUUAAUGCUUUAGCAUUAAGGCAGUAAGAUCAGGAAUUCAAAGUCUAAGGACAGCCUGGAGUACAUGCGAUCCUGUCUCCAAGUCUCUUACAUUACCUCCUUUACAUUGGAGAAUGGAGCGACCAUUGAAUUUUCUCAGCAGACUGAAGCAGUUUGUUUUCCUGAUAGUAGUUUCAGGACAAAGAAUUAAUGUUUACCACAAUUUUCAAAUGAAAAUUGAAAAUUGCUGCACCAGUAGAUGAAUUCUGUUGCAGAAGGCCCUGCUGCUACCACUAAGACUUGUCUUCUUUUACAUUGGGAUGCCACAUUUGAAUAUGAAGAGUUUCAUAAAUGUAAAGAUUUAAAUAGAGGAAAAUUCACAAGUAACUUGGAGUCAUUUUCUGAAGUCUCUGGUGAUCACCUGGUUCAUAUUUGCUUUAUCUUCUCUUUGAGACAAUUGCCUAAAUUCCUUUUGACAUUUCCUGCCUCAAAACAACAGAGUCAAGGAUGAAAAACGUAAACAGCUGGAUGCCAACAUCUUGGAGCAGAAGCUUGGCUAACAAGGAGCUAUGCUUAUUGCUUGUACAGACUAGGCUAGCUAGAAAAUGUCCUAUUUUAUUCUCCUGUGGACAGGCACAGCCUCAGAGUCCUCACACAAAUGCCAGAAGACAUAUAGCCUGUGCUUGUUCUUGUUUAGCCCUGGUGGUAGUUAUCUUCUUUGUCUGGGCUUUCAUCAUCAUCAAGAGAUUGCUUCUUUAUAAGCUUGUAGAGGUUUUUCAGAUGUCUUCUUUUCUCUGGCAGGUAACAUACAGAGCAUUACACUGUUUGGUGAAAUAGUGUUUUUCUCUAAGUAACUAACAUAUACAUUCUGGAUCUUCUAAGACCUAAGUCGUCUUCUCUAACACUUCCUGAAGUCACCCCAGUGUCUUAAGUAGAUAUUGGGGUUGAUUCGAUGUUUUUUUCAGUUGUCAGCCUAGGUUAUCAGGGGUAGAGCUGUAACUGUGGUGGUAAGUCUGGAGAGCAGUGUCUUCCUUGGUGCACAGAUGGUCUGGGGUAAGAGUAAAGUGUGUCUUUAGAGAUACAGUUCAGAGUUAAGUUCCUAGUUUAUACAGGUAGACUUUCCAACAAAACCUAACAAAUGUUAGAGGUCAGAACAAGGUAAAAUUAAUCGGUUAGGCCAAGAGAGCAAUCUUUAAGAAAGAGAAGGAGGACUUCCCUUAUCAGUGGACUGGGGGAGGGACAUGGAGGAGAAGAGGGGGGGACAGGCAGGAUUGGGUGGGGCCUAGGAAGGGGGCUAUAGCUGGGAUAUAAAGUGAAUAAACUGCAAUAAAUUAAAAAAUAAAUUUAAAAAAGCUAUACCACCAAAAAGGAGAGAGAAACAGAGACAUUAAUGGAUUACUUUUCCUGUUUCAUAAAGUAAAAUGAUCCAUUUUUUUGAUUCUAUAACAUCAUAGUUGUUUUAGCCAAUUGUGUUUGUGUUCAGCAUUCAGUUAUACUGGUAUAUUCCUAGUCAUUGUAACCUUCAUAGGAUGUAGUUAGGUUUUUAUACAAAUUAAAGGCCUAUGAGUGAAAAUGUCAGUAACUAAAACAAGAAUUACUGAUAUUCUGUUAUAAUGCCAGAUAAGAUGUGCAGUUGACUGUUGUUUAAAGUGAUAGCAGCAUGUGCCAAAAGCUGUGAGCUAUCUCUAAAGGAUAUUGUCAUGAAGCAAGUAUCAGGGAGUUCUGCUUACAUCAAAGUAAUUUCUUCCUGUACAAUAUCUUUCCAAUUAUGUGAUCUUAUAUUUUUAACAACACCUAAAGAUAUUUUUACCAUCAUUUAAGGGGAAAAGAAUCAUUCCAUUUUUUUAUUCACUGUAUUUACAUUAAAUAUGUAAUAUAUGUUCAUUUGGCAGUAUGGAACUACAGAUCCUUAAAUUUGAAUCAGUAAUCUCAUUUCCUGAAGAUUCUAAUAAGUAAAUCAGAGAUAGGAGAAACUGCGCUAAGUGCCACAGCAGAUUUAGUAGUAAAAUCACAAGUGCCCUAUAAGAGAGGGUGAAUAAACUGUUCUACUUCUACAUGACAACUGACACCAAGCUAAUAAAUUGACUGUCACAUUUUCAAAUUGAAUGAAUUAAUUCAAAUUAACUAUAUUCUUAACUGUAUUUGUUUGCAUUAUUAUUAUUUGUGGUUUUAGUUUUAAAACAAAUGCACUAAAAUGUUUGUCUCAUGAUUGUCUCAUGUAAUAGUAUCCUGCGUGAGUUUUUGAUGCCUUAUGUUUACCAAAAUUUAAUCAAUGAUUUUAAUUACUUUCAAAUUUUUGGAAGCAAUAAACUUAAUUUGAAAA